ACUGCAGCUGGCUCUGGCUGUCAUACAACAGAACGGAAUUUGCGCGCACAGGUUUUAUUUUCGUUGAGAUACCGAUAAAGACAAGCCUUUGAAUAGUAUUGAUAUGUUUUACUAUACCCGCCGAUUUGCGACGAAUUUGCAAAACAGCUUGAGCGACGUAUAAAAUGGACCAGCACGACGAAAUUAAAUCCGGUUGUUUGUUGUUCCCUCCCGCCGGAGGGAAUGUGUUUAGUAAAUUUCCUAAGAAGAAACAACAACAAAAGUACUGUUUGCUGCUAAACUCCAGCAAGCAGGGUAUUGAGAGAUUAGAGAUAUAUGAUAAUAAGGAUGACAUAAACACAGGUGCCAUCCCCAAGAUUAUUACCCUUGAGAAUUGUAUUAAGAUAACACAUUCUAGUCCAAACAUUAUCACUGUACUUACUAAGUCACAUACCCAGCAAUUCUGUGCUCAAUCAGAACUGGAAACAUUAGAAUGGGUGAAAGCGCUGCAGUCUGUAGCAUUUAAAGGCCGAGACACAAGCCCCGUUCGCUGUGAUGAGGACAAUGACCUCUACUGUUCAUCAGGAGAAGGAGUUUUCUCAGUCAAAUUGUGCGCUUCGGAUGCAUCAAUAAGAUGUGGUCUGGAACCGAUGCGGUACCUGCUACUCCUCACUACGACUGCCAUUGAUUUAAGAGAUGUAAAUGACAAUAAGCUGUAUGCUACUUGGCCAUAUAGAUAUAUAAGACGUUAUGGUUAUAGACAGGGUAAAUUCACAUUUGAGGCAGGAAGAAAAUGUGACACUGGUGAAGGUAUUUUUCAUCUGGAGCAUCCUAACCAAUCCGAGAUAUUUAAGUGUGUCUCAUUGAAGAUGAAAACCAUGAAGCAGAUGAUUGGCAGUGAUUUGAAUAGUCCAGAACACAGUGAAUUUAACUUACAGGCCGGUGCAAAUUUGUUCCCUGGAUCUAGGAGUCCUUUAGUGGCUGCCAGGCCUGAUGAUUUAAGCUUGAGUUCUCUUUCAUUCAAAACUGCACCUUCAAGCCAGCAAAGCUCAUUCUCCGAAAGAGAUAGUGCGCCUCUCUUAAUGCCUAAGCCAGCAUUAAAGCCUAAACCACAAAAACCCCCAAGGAAAAUCAUCAACAUGCCUAAGGCUCUCGUGAAAGAGUUAUGUAGUUCAACAGAUGAAAGCAUAGAUUUUGGCAGAUAUAAAAAACUUGAGAAUUAUGAGCCGAUUGAACAAGUGAAAAGAGAUCCAAGUCCUCCUUCUGUGCCAUAUGACAAGGUGGAAGUUCGUAGUGAAGCUUGGAAAACUCUUGGAAUUGAAGACCCCGACCACACUGAGUUCACACCGAAUUUGGGUGACAACCCUAACUGCAUGAAACUUAUAUCAAGAUCACAAGAUAAUUUGAACACUUCUGGGCCAGAAGGUUCUAGAAUUAUACUGUUACCAAGUCCAAUGGUUGAUCCGGAGGAUGAGAAUUAUGACAGACUACAGUAUUUUGGUUCUACAAGUAAGUUGAAUAAGUCUGCUAAGUAUAAGAAGGUUGAAGCCCGUCCAACAACAUUGAUUCCGGGGGAUCAAAAGAGUAAAGACACAUGGAAUGAUUAUGAUGAAGUGGAGAAUGUGAUGCAGACUGCAAGACUGGCAGAUGAUUCUCAUCUAGGAUAUGGUAUGAUACGGAAACCUAAUGCUCCAGGGCCUCAAGUACCCACUGCUGCACAAGCCCAGGCACUGCAAAAUCAGGUCAGUUUGGAAGAGAUCAACCAUAACACAUGUAAUGGGACUGACUAUGCAGUUAUUAGCCGUCCAAAAAGGGUGUAAGGUUACUUUUAAAAUGUUAUUAGUAUUACAGCGAAUAUACACUAAGACUGAAAUUUUUUAAUACCAGAAAUUCGAAUAGGAAGAGAUUAUUGUGGGUAAACUUUUAGAUGAAAGUAUUCAAAAAUGUAUAUGUUACGAAAUAUAGUUAAAAUGACAAGAAAUUACUAUUUGCAUUCCAAUUUGUACUUUCCACAAUUUAGUUAAGUGCUUAUACAUUUUAUAGGUCAAUGUACAUAACUGUAAUUGUUAUGACACACAAUGUUUAUGUUUUAUUUUCCUUAUAAGAUAUUGAUUUUACAGACCAUGUGAUUAUACUGUGCCUUAUUGCUCUUAGUAUAAGGACUAUUUCUAGAAUUCUACAGUGACAAGUCUACCAGUUGGUGCCAAUAUAUUUUAUGUUUAAAUGUAGACUGUAGUAUUAGUUUACCAUAUUUUUUAUAUGCAUAUAAAGAUCAUGCACUUAUUAAGUAUUUGAUUACCCAUUUCAGUAUUUAAUUUAGGUUUCACUGAAAUCAUUAAUAUUAAAUGUGUCAUAUAAGAUCUAUAAUGAGCAAUUAAGGAUAAAUGUCAAGUCAUCAGACUAUUGGUAACACUGAGUCAGAUCAGUUAUCUCAUUUUGAAAUAGGAGAAAUGGAUGGAUGAUGUUUUAUAUUGACAUUCUUGCAACAAGUACAAUCAGCAAGAAAAAGAAGAAGAGGUUAGAAGCAUCCUUUCCAAUUUACCAUAGGAUUAUUAAAAUCAUCCGUGGCUGUUAUCAUCACACUGCUAGGCACAGACCCGUUUAACAAAAAAAAAGUAUUUUCAUUACCACCUUAUGAGUCUUUAUGUUAUUUUGAUGCCAAAAUCAAUGUGAUAAUAAAAAUCAUUGAUUUCAAUUUUUUACAUUUCUCAUAAAGUUUCCUAAAAAAAUCUUAAAAUGCAGUGUUACCAAUAUUUUAUUAUGAUUACCUUUACAAGUACAUAUUAUUACCACACAUACAUGUAUAGUCUAUGUAUAAUUUUAUUAAAGCCAUAUUACUGUGACUUAUUUUAUAAACUGAAAAUAUUGAUAAAUAAAAUCAUAAUCCAGUU